AUGUAUGCUCACACAUCGAAGCGAGUGGCCAAAGUGAUAAUUGUACUAAUAUGGAUUUUGGCAUUAUCUCUCGCGGCACCAAUGGCUAUGUCUUGGGAGGUCGUCAUGGAACAAGAGCAGGAUCCAGUGUCAAAAAUGGUUUAUAACAAGCCUUUCUGCACGGCAAGUGAGUUCGGCUCAAAUUCACUUGCGAUUUAUCGACUUCUGCUGUACAUUUUUCAAUAUGUCAUACCACUAUGCGUUAUAACAUUUGCAUAUGCCCACAUGGCUAUGAAACUGUGGGGUGCAAGAGCCCCCGGUAACGCUCAAGAAACGAGGGAUGCUAAUCAUAUGAAGAACAAGAAAAGGGUAAUUAAAAUGCUUGUAUUGGUGGUAGCUUUGUUUGCAAUCUGCUGGCUGCCUUUACAAAGCUAUUUAUUGCUGCAGACGUUAUUCCCAUCUAUCAACGAAUAUAAAUACAUUAACGUGCUCUUCUUCUGUUUUGAUUGGUUGGCGAUGAGUAACUCCUGUUACAAUCCAUUCAUCUAUGCUAUUUAUAAUGAAAAGUUCAAAAAGGAAUUCAAGCAGCGGUUUACGUUCGGUCAGAAGCGGAAUCGAUUUAAUAAUGAUAGCUAUGAUGACGGCCAAUCUUACAGAACGCGCGUCUUAUCAAUUCGUUCAACCAACGAAAGAAGUGUUUAUUUAACGCGAAAGCCCGUCAACGCUCCUGAUUCCAUAAAAGUCCUUCGCAAUUCUUGUCACUGUUCAAGAAAUGGGAAAGAAAAUAUUGAAAACCAUUAUCGUUUAAAAGCCGACGUUGAUACGUACAGAAAUGGAAAUCGGUACGCACGAGAGCCGAGAAAAAGUACAAAACCUAUUUCGAAUGACGACUUCCCUACAGGUGAUGAAAGAGUGAGUGAAUUGUACAUAUUCCCGAAUAGCAAUAUCGUUGAAUUUACUGACAAUCUAUGUGAUAAUAAAGUGUAA